AUGAAAGACUCGAUGGGCAUACUCACCCAGUCGCCCAGCGAGACGCCCCCAGUGCACCAUCCACAGCUGCACCAUCAGCUGCACGGACUGCCCCACCCGCUGCACGCGCUGGCCCACCACCAGCUGAACCACCAACACCACCACCCCCACCACCCGCUGCACCACCACUACCCGGGCCUGCAGCCGCCGGCGGUGAACAUGUCGACCACCUCGUCGAACCUCAAGCCGAAUCGCUCCCGGUUCAUGAUCAACGACAUCUUGGCGGGCAGUGCAGCGGCCGCGUUCUACAAGCAGCAGCAGCACCACCACCACCACCAGAAUAACAACAACAACAACAGCAGCAGCCACAACAACAACAACUCCAGCUCCAGCGGGGACAGCAGUCCCACCCACAGCCACAGCAACAGCAACAACAACGAGCUGGAGCACCUGGAGACAGCGAUAGCCCCGCCAGCAUCGGGGGGAUCAGCGGUAGCGGGAACGGGAGCUGGACCACCUGCAGCCGUCGCAGCACCACCGACAGUGGCCGCCCCUCUGCCACUACAUCACCCACAUCCGCAUCCGCACCAGCACCAGCACUCGCACCAGCAUCCGCAUCCGCAUGCGCUGGUGCAUCAUCCGCACGCCAAGCUGAGCCACUUCGCCCCGUCGGUCGGCAUCGGCAGCAGCGGUGGCGGCAGUGGCGGUGUCGGUGGCGGUGGCGCCGCCACCCAAAUGGGCUCCAAUGGCCUCAACGUAGCCCAGUAUGCGGCGGCCAUGCAGCAGCAUUACGCGGCAGCCGCCGCCGCCGCCGCAGCACGCAACAAUGCAGCAGCAGCAGCCGCCGCCGCAGCCGCAGCAGCGGCAGCAGCCGCAGCUGGAGUGGGCCCUGGAGUGGGUGGCGGAGCUGUGGGUGCACCGACGGGCGCAGAGCUGGACGAUAGCAGCGACUACCACGAGGAGAACGAGGACUGCGACAGCGAUGAGGCGGGCAGCCGCAAUGGAGGCGCCGGCGGCAGUGGCAGCGGACACAUGGACGAUCACAGCGUUUGUAGUAAUGGUGGCAAGGACGAUGAUGGUAACAGCAUCAAGAGCGGCUCCACCAACGACAUGAGCGGACUAAGUAAAAAGCAGCGUAAGGCCCGCACCGCCUUCACCGACCACCAGCUGCAGACGCUGGAGAAGUCGUUCGAGCGGCAGAAGUACCUGAGCGUUCAAGAGCGCCAGGAGCUGGCCCACAAGCUGGAUCUGAGCGACUGCCAGGUGAAGACCUGGUACCAGAACAGAAGAACCAAGUGGAAGCGCCAGACGGCGGUGGGUCUGGAGCUGCUCGCCGAGGCCGGAAACUUUGCGGCCUUCCAGCGGCUGUACGGGGGAUCUCCGUACCUGGGCGCCUGGCCGUAUGCGGCUGCGGCCGGCGCUGGGGCCGCUGCGGCCGCCGCGCACGGGCCAACGCCUCACACCAGCAUCGACAUCUACUACCGCCAGGCAGCCGCUGCCGCCGCCAUGCAGAAGCCCCUGCCCUACAACCUGUACGCCGGCGUGCCCAGUGUCGGUCCGCUCGCUUCCGCCUCCACUGCCCCCUUCUCCCACCUGUCCGCAUCAAGCUCGCUGUCGUCCCUGAGCAGCUAUUACCAGAAUGCAGCAGCUGCCGCAGCCGCCGCCAAUGGUCCGCCGCCAGCGUCCUCGGUCCCGGCCCCUGGCGGCCCACUCAAGCCGUUGGCCAGCAGCCCGCCCAUGCUCGGCGUACCCCCCUCCGUCUCCGUCUCCGCUUCCGCAUCGCCACCGCAUCCGCCCUCGACGCCGAGCCCCACGCUCAAUCCGGGCAGUCCGCCGGGACGCUCGGUGGACAGUUGCUCGCAGGCCCAGUCGGACGACGAGGAUCAGAUCCAGGUCUGAGAGGAAGCAGUGGCUUCGGAGAGCUAAAUGGACAUGUACUUACAUAUGUGUGUGUGUGUGUGUGUUAUGUGUGCUUUUGUAUCCCGCAUUCGUAUCUGUAUGUGUUGUGUGUAUUAGUGGGGUUAUGCGGGGCCGGAUCGUGAUAUUUCAUCCCCAUGCCACACAAAGCUCAAAUGCAAAUGCAAUUCGAGUGCUAUACCUUUUGUAAGAUCAUAAUGCUCACAUCUGUAUGUAUUUCCUGGACAUUUUUAUAUUUAUUUCCCAACAAAGCUCCCAUUCAUAUUCAUUUUUCAUAUAUUCCAAGCCAUUGCCUAAUGGCUUCGAUUCCACAAACCAAAAGAUUGCGAUACGUUUUGAAAAACUUGCUUCGUUAAAGACAAUUUAAAAUCCCACAAUUCAAAUGAUUUGAAUUCAUGAAUAGUCUCCGAAUUGCGAAUCCACAGCUCCGCAUAGCCCCCCGGCCCUUGGCCCUUGGCCCUUGCGCUUUUCUCUGUGUGCGUGCGUGUCUGAGUGUAUAUAACCGUAUAUGUGUGUGUGUGUGUGUGUGUGCUUGCCUUAUUUAUUUGAUUUGAUCUAAGUAAUUUAUUCACAAAACAACUCUUUUUAUACUAUGUAACAUAAUCGUGAAC